AUGGAAAUUGAUGUGGUCACCAUCACCGGCCCAAAAGUUGUGGAGCUGCGCCGCUGUCGGGCUGCUCCCUGUGGUGAUGGGGAGGCCUUGGUGGCAAUCAAGGCAGUUGGGGUCUGCGCCACGGACGUGGAACUUUUUGAUGGGACCAUGGGUUACUACCACAGUGGCCUGUCACGGUUCCCUUUGGUGCCGGGCCAUGAAUGGGCCGGUGAAGUCCUAGAGCUGGGGCCCAGAGUGCCCGAGCACCUCCGCGUUGGACAGCGCGUGGUGGGCGAGCAUUGUACAGGAUGCGAGCCGAUCGAAGAGGAGAUCAGUGCCAGGUGCCGCAUUUGCUGUCGGCCGGGGGGCUUGCUGCGCUGCCCACGACGGAAGGAGACUGGUUUCUUUGGACGGGAGGGUGCCUUUCAAACCGUCUUGCGCUUCCCUGCACGGCAGCUGCAUGUGCUGCCCCCUGAGACCCCGUGGGACCUGGCAGUCUUGGCCGAGCCAUUGGCCACCGCUUGCAAGGCAGUGAGGCUGGCAGACCUGGCGAAGGUGGACAACUCGCGUGUGGUGGUUGUGGGCGAUGGAGCUGUAGGUUUGCUGCUGCUCCAGCUCCUGCUGACCUCGUCUGCGCAGCGGCUGCGGGUCGCACUCCUGGGUGCGCAGGCGGCGCGCCUGCAGCGCGCCCAAGCGCUGGGUGCUGAGCUGGCCUGGGACGUCGCAGUGCCCGGGGUUCAGACGGCACUGACUGAGGAGGGCGAGCUGCCAAGCUUGGUCUUUGAGGCCGCGGGAACUCCGUCUGCCGUGAAGUUGGCUGUUUCGGUCUGUGCGCCGGGCGGAACCGUGGUGCUCUUGGGGCUUUCGGGGAACCUGCCGGUGGAGCUCUGCACGGAUAAAGUGGUGCUGCGGCAGCUCACGCUGCGGGGGUCGCUGUCCUCGGAGCCUGAGGAUUGGCUGCGGGUCCGGGAGAUCCUUUCACUCGGUUGCCUCACGAGCGUCGUAACCCACGUCUUCGAAGGGCUCCAGGCUUACGAGACCGCCAUAGAGCACGUGCGCCGGCCAGAGGCUUCGUACCCUCACAGAGCGCCACUCGACUCGAUGUUCCGCUUCGCCCUCCUCGCGGCGCUCUUCGCACUGAGCCGGGCCGAUUCGCAGGAAUUUUUGGGUGCGGCGGCGAAGAUCGAUGUCUCGGAAGGCCAGGCGAAGCCAGAGGUCCAGGUGACCAGCGAGGUCACCGACGCUUCAGCCGCUGCGGCUCGCGUGAGCGUCUCUGAGGCGAAGGAGAUUGACCUGAACGCUGUGGAGAACCCUUACCUUGCCACAGGGGCCACUGCGGAGUGCCUGGCACUGAUCUUCAUGAUUGUCGCCUGUGUGAUUUGCUACUUGGAGUGCUGCAAGUAA